ACUCUGUACUGUGUUGGCUACAUCACUCUGUCUCUGUUGGUGCUGUGUGAGAUCGAUCUCCUGCGAUCAUGUCAGCUUCAGGAGGGCCACCCCCAAAUGGCAACCGUAAACUACUUCAAGCGCAGGCCCAGGUGAACGAGGUGGUGGAAAUCAUGCGGGUGAAUGUGGACAAGGUGCUGGAUAGAGAUCAGAAGCUCUCGGAGCUGGAUAACCGGGCAGAUGCGCUUCAGGCGGGAGCUUCGCAGUUUGAGACGAGCGCCGCCAAAUUGAAGAGAAAGUACUGGUGGAAGAACUGCAAGAUGAUAAUCAUCAUGGGAUUGGUGUGUGCUGUAAUGUUUAUUAUACUCGUCAGGAGCCUUUGUUUAGCGUGUGAAUGCAAGCAUCUCCUUAUGUGUUGAUAUGGUGGCAAGCUGAAUUGGCUCCAAGACACCCACAAUGAAAUGAUACGUAUCUGGCGUCCUCCUACAUGUGACCGAUCUAAAUAGUCAUAUCUCCAUGAUGCUCAAUUUCUCAUUCAAGUGGUUAACUUACACAGGAACUUCUUUAGAAACCAAGUAAUGUGCCAAUUGUCCUAUUCCUUAACGUGCUUAUUUAUUUUCUUUACGUAUAUUUCUUUUAAACCU